UUCCCAUAAAAUAUAUACCUCUUUUGCAUACACUUAUUACUAUGUAAUUAAACAAUUAGAUGACAUUCACAUUUUACUGUGACUUCCUACAUAAUUCAUAGAGCCAGCCUGAGAAGCGUGCCAGCAUGAUAUAUAAAGGUUUAUAAGAAAGACAGCAAUGAGACAAUGCACAAAACCGCCCUGGGGUGUUUACUAGGCUCAUUGGCAACAAACCAUUGUAUGAAUGGAAUUCUUGGCAAGACAGAUGGGAGUAAAUAAUGUUACAAUGUGGAAUAAGAAAUGAGAUGAGAUCACACUUACAGCCUGACCAUCCUUUGUAAACCUGGACAAUGAUCAGGGGGUUCAGAAUUCGGGAAGCUAUUUAUGAGAGCCUCAGAUGAGUUUGAUCAGGCUGCUGAACACAACACUCUACCUCAGUGAAAAUGAACAAGAUAUGCACCCCAAAUGAUGACACUUUGCAGAUAUUUAACCCUUCCUUUACAACCAAAGCACACAGCACAUCCAGAAGAAGAGUAUCAAGCACUCAAAGGACAACCCCAAAUAGCGUGACCGCAAUUUCGGGGGCAGGUCCUCAUUGGACACAGAAAUACCUGCCACAGCAGACUGAUCUCCUGCAAGUUCUAUACACAGCUGAAGAUGUGUGGAAACUCCCUCCUCCAGAGCCGUUCCGGCCUCGUCGCUCUAAUAAACAUAGAUGUACGGAAAUAAAGACACCAAAGUCUGUGAAGAGUACACAGACUGUGCAACUCCAAAACAAACGUCUUCCCCAGUCAUCAUUAGGCCACAGUAUGACCAAGCACAUUGCAAGCACUUUGCCAACAACACAUGUCACUGCUGUCACAGUAGGGUGCAAUAAUCCCCGGCCUUUCCACACAGAAGAUGACGGUCUCAUGGAAAAUGAGGAUUAUAUGCCGCUGACUCCUGCCAGCAUACCAAAAAAAUCACCAACCUUACUGCAGAAAAUGGGUCUGAGGCUCAGGAAGACUGUGGAGUAUAUUGGUGCUUCAAACUGUGCCUUCGAAGGAGACUAAUUACACAAUGCACCAAAGGAGUAACACCGUGUAGUGUACAACACAACUCUCUCUUACUUUCACACCAAAGAGAACUGUACAAUGUUUCUUUCCUAUUUAUUUCCUACCUUACUAAUGCACUUGAGUAACACAAACACUGCCAUUAUCCUAAAUAAUAAAUGUUAUACGGAUUGCAUUUCUGCACAAUAGAGAUAACUGGCGUCUCUCUUGUUGUUGUGGAACUAUAAUUCCCAGCCUUUUCCACCAGACUGCUGCUGCACAAAGGGCACAAAGUGUAGGGGGUGACACAGUUACUGCUCUGGUGACACCUGUAUACUUUACAUUUUUUUUAUUAUUAACAGUUUCUUAUAUAGCGCAGCAUAUUCUGUGUAGUUUUACAAUUAGAACAACAGUAAUAGAACAAAACUGGGUAAUAACAGACAGACAUAGAGGUAGGAAGACCCUGCUCACAAGCCUGUACAUCAUGUCAGGUGCCUUGGGGCAGGGACGGAUCUAGAAUUUUCUUUAGGGGGGGGGGCGGUUUACUGUUUAAUCUUGACUCCUCCCUCUACAGUCCCAACUCCUCCCAUCUGCAAUCCUAACUCCUCCUCCUCUCAAUUUUGACUGAACUUUUUGAGUGAGACUGAGAUAGAGCUUUGUGAUUGUUCUAUGUACAUGUGACUGUGCUAUGGUGUAAUUGUAUUUAUUAGCCCUAGUACCCACACAACAGCAAGUGAGGGGCAAAUGCUCUGUAACCCUUGCUCUCCUUGCUCCUCUGUGCUGCUGUGGUAUAAGCUGCAGCACAUCGUUCUGCCUCAGGCUCUCCCCGGAAAGCUCUCUUCUGCUCAAAAGUGGGCAUGGCUAUGACUGUGUUAGGGGGGGCGAUCGCCCCCUUCACCCCCCCCCCCCCCCCUAGAUCCGGCCCUGCCAUGGGGGAAGGGGGUGGGGGGGAGAAUCCAAUUCUGCGGGCCUACUCUUUGCAGCAAGCAUGACAUCACGUAUGAGGAGGGAGGUAGUGAGGCUCAGGCCGCUGAUUUCCCCUGAGUACGGUAUGGAACUGUUCCCCCCAAAGGCUUUACGUUCUACUGCAGUUGAAGAGUCACAGGUUGUAUAACCUUGCUCUAUAAGACCAAUGUGUAAUAUCUAAGAGGAUCUGUUCGUAUUUAUUAAAUAUAC